AUGCGCCAGGUGAACCUGUACAACCAGGGCUUCAUCAGUGCUGAGAAACUGGCCAGCAAGGUGGUCUUCCUCUUCGACUUGUGCAAGGACCAGCUCUCUUCGCAGCCGCACUACGACUUUGGGCUGCGCUCCCUGAAGGCGGUGCUUGCCUGCGCGGGCUCCAUGAAGCGCGAGGAGGUGACGAACAUAGGCGCGGAGAAGUUCGGCGAACUGUCGGAGGAGCAGGUGUCGCAGAGUGAGCAGAAGAUCCUGCUGCGAGCGAUCUUUGAUACGCUUGUGCCAAAGCUGGUGGCACAAGACAAGCCGUUGAUGCAGAGCUUGAUCUCCGGAGUCUUCCCAGGGGCUGAUGUUGGCAUUGUGGACAAUCAGAUACUCCAAGAAGAGAUUCGCAGGUUGUGCAAGCUACGGCACUUCGAGUGCACUGACAACUUUAUGCUGAAAUGCAUGGAGUUAUUCCAGAUUCAGAGAAUCACGCACGGCGUGAUGUUGGUAGGCACCGUUGGCACUGGCAAAUCCACGGUGUGGCGAACUUUACUGGAUGCAAUGGAGAAACUGGACAACGUGAAAGGUGAUGCGUAUGUGGUGGACCCCAAAGCUGUCAGCAAGGAGGAGCUCUACGGUAAGCUGGAUCCAACUACGCUCGAAUGGACGGAUGGUGUCUUCACUGAUAUUCUGCGACGCAUCUUAUCAGGACAUCGUGGCGAGAACCAGCGUCGGCAGUGGAUCAUGUUCGAUGGUGACGUCGACCCAGAAUGGGCUGAGAAUCUGAACUCUGUGUUGGAUGACAACAAGCUGCUGACCUUGCCCAACGGCGAACGCUUGGCCAUACCUCCGAAUGUUCGGAUCAUGUUCGAGGUGGACACCUUGAAGUAUGCUACGCUUGCCACAGUGAGCCGCUGUGGCAUGGUCUGGUUUGCAAACGACGUCGUGACGCAAGAGCACGGCAACCUCGAGUCUGAGAAAGCAGACACAGGAGAAGGCCCCGGAGUUUGCCGUCAGCUUGCCUUUGAGAUGGACCACAUCAUGACCUUCACGUCCAUCCGUGCUCUCACGGGCUUGUUCUCAAUGGUCCGGAAAGGCAUCAACAUGAUCCUGGAGUACGAUGAAGUACAUGAGGAAUUUCCUCUGGCAGACGACGUUCUGCAAUCCUUCAUAAAGAAGUAUCUCGUCUUCGCCAUCUGCUGGUCCUUUGGCGGGGACAUGUUCCUGAACACCCGGAUGAAGUUCUGCGAGAUGCUGGCGGGGCACCUGGGAGACAUUCCUGCGCCGGAUGGCUUGGGUGGAGAUACUACACUGCUGGACUUCGAGGUCCGCGUUGAGGAUGGCAAGUGGUAUCACUGGGACAAGCGAGUACCGACUCUGGACAUCGACCCAGAGAAGGUGGCAGACAGCAGCCUGAUCAUUUCCACAGUGGACACAGUGAGGCACACGGCAACUCUAGCAGCCUGGCUGGAGGAGCUGCAGGGAGAGGAAGCCCUUCAUUUUGAGUGGACCACCGGGAAAGCCAUGGCCGGUAGCCUUGAGCUGGCAUCGUUGAACUUCUCGGCGGGUACUACCCCGGAGCUGCUUCUGAAGACCUUCGACCUCUACUGCGAAACCGUGAAGACUCCCAAUGGCCUCGUGAUGCGACCUUUGCAGCUGAAUCGCUGGGUGGUAGUUUUCUGUGACGAGUGCAACCUGCCCGAGGAAGACAAGUACGGCACGCAGAAGGUCAUCAUGUUCAUCCGCCAGAUCACGGAGGCCGGAGGUUUCUACAGGCCAAGUGACAAGCAGUGGGUGAACGUGGAGCGCGUGCAAUUCCUGGGGGCCUGCAACCCACCCACGGAUCCGGGCCGUCAUCCGAUGUCCGAUCGCUUCCUUCGGCAUGCCCCAGUCAUUUGGGUCGACUACCCGGGCCCGGACAGUUUGCGGCAGAUCUAUGGCACCUUCAACAGAGCAAUGCUGAAGCUUCAGCCACAGCUGGACAAGAGCUGUGGGGAGGGUAUGACAAACACCAUGGUGCAGUUCUGGCGCGAGAGUGCUCAGAAGUUCACCUCUGACCAGCAGCCUCAUUACCUCUACUCCCCGCGCGAGCUCACACGGUGGAAGACAGCGCUCUAUGAGUGCAUGCGGUACUGGGACGGCAUGACGCAAACAAACCUCAUCCGCUUGUUGGUGCAUGAGGGUCUCCGAAUCUUCGUGGACCGACUGGUGUAUGAGGAGGAGCGGCAGUGGAGUGAAGAGCUUCUGGAUGAGGCGCGGGGCAUCGGUCUUGGGAAGUGA